AUGCAAAUACCGCGACAGACACUGGCACCGCUGAACGUAAAUGGGGCGCCACUCUCGUACGACACAUAUUCGGCCGCACUGCAGAGCACCGGCGGUGGUGGUCGUGCUGAGGGAAGCCCACGCGCGUCAAAGCACCUUCAGGUUUCCAGGAACGGUCAUCACCCUUACAAGCACGACACGCUGCAACCCUCGUCGUCGUCAUCGCCUAGUACGGCUGCUGUGCAUGCGCGGACUGUCGGAGAGCAGCAGGGAGACCAUUCAGGGAAGGCGCAUCUCUCUCUCUCAGUCGGCGUGUCCCUGCACACUGACGCCGUUCUGGCCUCCUCCGACGAGCACGUGGGGGUCAACUCUAGAACACCUCACGUCCCAGCGCCACAUGACAACAUAGCAUCCUCUGCUUUGGCAACAUGUGCAGCGCCUUCGCCUCAUUCAACGCGGCGUAUUGAAAUCGCUGAUGUUAACCCUCAGCCUAGUGUGAUGGGAGCAACUCACGUAUCAGAAGUGGCGGCACACUCACCACCCUCUAACAAGCCGAAUGCACCGUCGCGUCGCUCAUCAAUAGCACGACUGCGGGAGCAAGUCAAGGCGCAGCAGAAGGGAAAAGAAGCUGCACAGCCCGCCAACGCCACAGCCCUGACCUUGGUAUGUGACUCUAAUGCCGCUGCUACGGCGCUGCAAGGCGCGGCAGUACAAAGAGGGGAGAGUAUAGAGCAGCAACUGCUCUACUCGUAUCGACCAGCAUUACCGAGCACUUGCCUGACUUCCUCACCCUCCCCGACGUCAGCGGAGGUGACAACGCUCAAUCGAAGAGGAGUUACCGCAGAAGCGCUCGCCAUGCCGGCGACGCUCUCGGUUGGCACCGCGAAAGUGCUGCCAAACGGCCUGCGGUCUCCCAGCGCCAUCACAGACGUCGGCGCAGCGCCGCUCGACUACUCAGAGCUGGACAAUGAAGCGACUGGGCUGGUGAACAAUGUCAGCCCUUCAUUACACCACCACGAGCAGCAGCAGCAGCGCUCAGCUUCGUUGUCCAAGCGGCGAACUGCCGACGUUGCCAGAGGUCAGGUCGGAUGUGCGUCGCAGGCUAAUGCCCCGUUUCAAGCGCUGCAGUUUCUGUCGUUGGCUCCGACCAACACGAUCGCAUCACCGCCACUCUCAAGCCGCAGCGGAGAGCCACACCACCUGCACAGCCCACACCAACGUCACAACCUCCGAGCUGGUGGAGAAGAGGGUGGCAACGCAAGCUUCUUACCGGACAGUGGAAAGGACAGAGAGUUCUACGACGCUGCCCCCUUACGAACCCGAUCAGCGCACACUGCGAAGGCAGUCGCCGACAGUAACCCGAUCAUCUCUUCGUCAGUCGUCAGUGACUGCAACCUGCCGUCGCUGGUUGUGUGUCCCUUUGCCUCCAUGGCCUGCUGCGCCGAAGGUACUCACAGGAGUGUCGAGCUACAUAAGGGCUCCACGCUGCAUCAACACCUCAUGGCCGUUACAAACUACCUGCAGUGGAUGCGAGGGCGUCAGCAGGAACUCGAGCAGCUGGUGUGCGGACUGCAGCUGCAGGUGCACACGCAGGCACUGACACUUCGUAAGGCGAGAGAAGAGCUGGUGAGGGUUCAGCAGCGCCCAGCCGCCAACCCCAGCGUGCUGAUCAGCUCACAGAGGUCGAUGCUGAAUAGCUGUCUUGACUUCGUGUCGACAGCAGCCAGUGGAAGCAAAGCGCAAUACCCGCACGAUGCUUGCAAGGCGCUCCCACGCGACGUUAGCAUUCGUGAGCCGCUUGUCAUGGACUACGAGGACGGUGACGGCGUUGGGAGGGACGCCAGGGAGGACUACGCUGGUAGCGACUCGCGGGCUCGAUGCGCACGACCAUCGCACGGUACCCAAACACAACGUGGUGGAAGCGACAGGAAUGGCAUCAGGCUUUACGCGCGCCAGCUGCGCAUGCGUGCCUCAGCAGGGCAGCAGCAGCCGGAUAUGGCCAACGCUCAAUCGAGUACAAGCAUAUCGCCGAUUCCCGUGCGGUGCGAGCAGCGGUUGGUGGCAAGCGCGGGGACAGCGACCGCAAACCAAACGAAGACCGCAGCAGGCGUGCAGAGGCGUGGCGGGAAGAUGCAACCUGCAAUCUUAGGACAGCCGAAACAGCGCGAGGAACGGCAAGGCAUCACAAACUGUGACGCGCACGCCCUGAGUGGUACUCCGCAACGGUGUAGGCUGCACCGAAACAGUCUCGAGGAUGUCUCCGGCGUUUCAGGUGAUGGACAAGUCCAAGGCAAUGCCGAUGGUGCCAAGGGGGAGCGCUUUAGGACAACAUCAUCUGUGCCGCGACUCUCCGGCGCAGACACCGCUACCGAACGUGGUGGUUCACUGGUACGACACGGCAAGUCUCUUGCCUCGUCCUACAUGCACUACUACAGCUACCCACGGCAGCAGCCCGGCGCGGCGGGCAGUGCUGAGGUGAGCGGGAUGAGCAACGUGCCGCCUUAUCAACCCCCGAACGAGUCCAUGAGCCCAAUUAGCAGCGCCUCCCUCGACCUCAACGACCACGAGGACGACACUGACGCUGGCCACAUGCGGCAGCAGCUCUUCGACCUGACGGCGACGGAGAUCUCAGUGCCCCCUAGGGCUGACGAGAUCUACUUCACCUGCCGCGUAGACCAGCCCGGCGCGGAUGCGGAGGGGAAGGCAGAUCUACAAACGUCCCCUGCCGCGUCGCCUCGCUCGGCGCCGUCGCUGGUGAGCGUGACGUACCGGCCUUCUGAGCUCGCCCGGACGGACGGCGGCAAUGCUUCGGAAGCCGUGAGUUUCACAGGUCGUGUCGCAUCGACAAGAGGAGGUGCAAGCCCGUUGGAUGCAAGGAAUCCGCAGGUGCACGCCGGUAACACAUCAGUGCCUCUUUUGGCCGGGGGCGUGCGGCUUGCAGCUUCCCUUCAACGGCCAACGCUGGUCCGCAAGUCAGACAUUGCGCCACUGACCCCAGCAGUGCGCAACUGCGUGGAUGAGCACAAGGUCGUGCUUCCAACUGUAACACCACCUUCCUUGACCGCUCUAGCGGGUGUUUCAGCUCCUUCCGCCACCUCCAACAUCCCCAGCAAGUCAGAUGUCGGACAGAAGCGGCAUAUUACCGUGCCGACAUUAUCUGGUAUCAACCUCGACGCACCGCCAUCACACCUGGGCGUGAGGACAUCACUCGUAGUCGCAGCACCCAGUGGAAGUCUCAGUGUCAAUCACAGCGGUGUCCACGCCUCGUACGACGGCAUUUCCAUGGCUGCCCCUCUGCUGAAGCCGGUGGUGAAGCGAAGCUCAGCCUCGAUGCACAACCCAGUGCACAUGUACGGCUACCGUAACGACAACAAUACGAUCGAAGGACGUAGGAGUGGCUUUGUUCGUAGUGCGGAUUAUCUGCCUGACGUGCCUGGUAAGAGCGGGAGGCAUCGAAGCAGAUCAAAGACACGUCGUAGCACAGCCAUGCGGCUUCCAUCGCACGCGACAAGCAUUCUUUCUCCUCAAGAAACCGCCGAUCAAGGGGUGGUGGUGCCUCGCCUAGGCCUCUCCCCAUGGCGAGACUUAGAAGUGUAG